AUGACGUCAUUGACGAAUCCUUGUAUUUCCUGCCUCGGUCACAAACAUUCAAAAAGUUAAACUCUCCUAGCUGGAGGCUAACGCUCGCUUGCAGUUUAAGCUUUAAAGAGACGUUUUUAUAGUCAGUUCUCACUAACUUAAUGAGUGUUUUUACAUUAUAUUCACAUUCGAGUUAUUCAGCCUGUUUUCCCGACUGUUUGUUAACGUUAGACUUACUUUUAGGGAAGAUAAAUUAACGUUAGCCUUAUUAACUUAAGCUAGCUGAUUGACCAACCUGCUAAAAUAUGCUCCAUAACAAGCUCAAUCCAAAAACAAUGACUGUGACAUAACACAGGGGGAUUACUGGAGAAAAAAACACACGGAGGAAUCAGAUCAGUGAGUAACUUACUGUUAUGAUGUGAUGGAUGGAGGACAAAGACUCCCCCCCUCAGAUGGAACAACCUGGUCUAAUGACACUUCAGCUGAGCUCUGGCACAGCACUCCAGUCAAAAAGAAAAAUGGUCAUGCUUCACUGGAUGCUGGCCGACCAUCUGUGCUAAGCAGCUUCACAAUGGACAGCAGAACAAAACAGCGGGCCUCAAAUUCACCUCCCGUCCCUGCAGACACCCUCUGUUCCCCCAGCCCGCAGGACACACAGUUUCCUGUGAAUGACCUGAGUGGCUCGACCAUCCAGAAGCAGAGGAGGGAGCUCCAGCUGCUGAUGGCUGAGCUGAAGGACCGGGACCGGGAGCUGAACACCAUGGCUGCCUCCCAUCACAAGCAGCUUCAGGCCUGGGAACAAGACCGCCAGAGGGUGCUCGCCCUGGAGCACAGGUGUGCCCGUCUGGACGAGGAGCUGCAGAAGCGUAACGAGGUGAUCAGAGUCCUGACUAAACGAGUGUGGGUGGUGGAGACCAGGGAGGAGGAGGUCCAGACGGAGCUCAGCGUCGCCCGACAGCAGCUCUGUGAGCUCCAGCAGAAACAGCAGCACAUCAGCCAGAAAUGUGAAGACUUUGAGGAGAAGAACCAGAGUCUCAACUCCACGCUCAUGGCUCUGUCCACUCAGGUCGGCUCUCUGCAGGUCAGAGAGGAAGAGCUGAGCUCCAUGCUUAAACUCAAGAACAAAGAUGUGACUGAGGCUUCCGGACACAUAGAGGACCUCUCAGGGCGCCUACGAGAUCUGGAGACGUCGUUAACAGAGAGUCGCUCACGGGAAAGCAAACUCCUGAGAGACCUGGAGGAAAACAAACGUCGUUACAGAGAGGCCAAGCAUGAGAUAACACACCUUAAAGAGGAGCUGCAGCAGCAGGUGAGUCAGAGCAGCGCUCAGAGGGAGGACAUGAUCCGUCUCAAACAGGAGCUCCAGCUGCUCCGCAGAGAUCUGGCUCUAUCAGGAGAGGGAGACAGCUGGAAAGACGAGCUGUUGGAACUGACUCGCUCCAAACAGGAACGCACCAUGUCAGAGCUCCACUGCCUGCGACAGGUGUGUGAGAAUCAGCGGAACGACCUGCAGCUCUUGCAGCUGAACCUGGAAACUGCUCAUGAAACUCUUCGAGAGAAGACGAGUCAGGGGUUACCUGGCAGUCAGGAUGAGACGAGAUGCGGCUGUCGGGACGACCGGUCACCUUCAUCACUCAGACUGAGGAACACAAGAGUUUUACACGAUUCUCUGCGAGGCACAUUCAAUGGUGACCUGGGAGUCUUCUCAGCACACAUGAUGGAUGGUGAUGAUCUGCUGUCCAGCACUUCUCUGCAGCAGCUGCUGGAUGAAUCCAGGCAGGUGAUCAGCAGCUCGAGACCCCACAGCUCUGUAGUCAACAGCUCUGGAACCACUGACCCCCUUUACUUUCAUAAGACACCUCAGCACCACCAGCACCAUCAACACCACCAGCAACCAACCACCCCAACAUACAAGGCCAGUGAAACUCCACCCAAAGCCUGCCCGCGACACCAGCCAGACAUGUGGACGACCUGACUUUAGCUGAAGCACAGAUUCUUUUUUUUCUUCUUCUAACUGGAAACUUCAGUAUUUACCAAAGUUUUUAAUUAAAAAAAUAAUUAAAUCAGUGUUACUACAGAAACAGAACCUGUCCGCAAACAUAAAGUAAAAGGUUGAACUCUGCUGCCUCUCAGGAAAACAAUGAAAUGAAGUGAUAAAAAUACAGACUGUCAUGAAUUUGAACUUUUUAUACCUUUAAUCUGUUUUUUAAUCUGUUAUAUGAUCUCUACAUGUGAAUAUUAUUUGGUGGAUAAACAUACAUUGUGUGUGUCCUUUUUAAACCCUGUUAAAGGCUGUAUUGUGUGGAGUAGGUGAGAUGUGAAACCAGUCGUACAGGGCCGUUGAGUGGUGUGUCCCUGUAUUGUCUUUCCAGUUUCACUGCCUACAGAUUCGCCAGAUGACUCAGAGGAAAUGUCGUUUGCUGUUUAAAGUUUUUACUUAUAAUUUGUAACUUUGUGAUCUUGUCAAUGCAUUUGAUAUAAAAAUAUUUAUAUACAAACCUUUA